CUCUCUACUCUACUCCUCAAUUCGACGGAGACAGAACAUAGGCUCCAAAAUUCCCCGUCGGUUUCCUCCAAUUUGCCGGCUGCCCAUCGUCGUCGUCACGAUGCCGCUGCUGUCUCGCCAAGAAGUUGUGAUGCCGCUGCUGCCUCGCCGCGACGUCGCUGCUGCUGCCACGGCGGAGGGAAGCUACUGUUGUGCGCCGCCGGAGGGGCUGCUGCUCGCCGACAGCCGUCGCUGGAGUCGCCGGGGAGCGUUGGGGUCGCCGCUGCCGCCGAGCCAUCGGGACCGCCGCUGUCCGCCGCCUGCUGUCGAUUCCGCCAGCCACCGCCGGCGACAUCCCUUCCCCGACAACACUCUGAACCACCCCAAUUCAACCCGCAAGGCAAUAUAUACAUGUACAACAAUUCAUGCUUUGUGGAUAGAAGAGAGAUUAUACCUCAAAAAAAAGGUUGAGCUUGGUUGUGGAAGUACAAAGGAUGGAUUAAAUGUGGAAGGUAGAAGGUGAAGAAGUGGAAAUUGGAGGGUCUCCACUUUGAAGGGGGGGCGUCGACUAUGAGGGAAGGAAGGAGAAGAAGAAGGCCUUCUUGGGCUUGCUCCCAUGUUUUUGGAAAGAAAUUGGGCUCCAAUUAAAUUAAGUGGUGUUGGGCUCAAUUUAUUGUAGCCCAACUUGACAAUAUUAUUAUUUGGUUGAAUUUUUAAAUAAUUAGGGUCCAAGCCGUUUUGUAGAUAGACAAUUGGACUCUAAUUAAAUUUGCAA